CACAAAUUAACGAAUAUUCUUGGCCUUCUUCCGCCAUUAAAGUCCCCCUCUCCUCCACCUCCGCCUUUCCCCUCUCAUCUCCCUCCCCUUCUUUUGCCGAAGAAAUUCUCUCUCUCUCUCUCUCUCUCCCUCCCUCACGCGUUUCCCUCAUCGCCGGCCGAGCAGGGGAACCACCACCACCACCGGCGGGCAGGCGGGCAGGCGGGCAGUAAGGCAGCCACCAGCCAUGAAAUUCGGCAAGAGCCUCAGCAUCCAGAUCGAGGAGACCCUGCCCGAGUGGCGCGAGAAGUUCCUGUCCUACAAGGAGCUCAAGAAGCGCCUGAAGCUCAUCGACCCCAAGGGCGGCGGCGACCGCCCCGCCAAGCGCCCCCGCCUCGACGAGCCUCCGCCGGCGCCGGCGGCGCCCCCCUCCUCCUCCUCCUCCGCCGGGGGCGCCGAGCCCGCCCCCGCCGCCGCCGGGGGGGCCGGCGAGGGCAUGACGAACGAGGUGGUCGAGUUCAUCCGGCUGCUGGAGGACGAGCUGGAGAAGUUCAACUCCUUCUUCGUCGAGAAGGAGGAGGAGUACAUCAUCAAAUUGAAGGAAUUGCAGGAUAGGAUGGCAAAGGCCAAGGAUUCCAAUGAAGAGAUGAUCAAGAUUAGGAAGGAGAUUGUCGAUUUCCAUGGGGAGAUGGUCUUGUUAGAGAAUUACAGUGCCCUCAACUAUACAGGGCUGGUGAAAAUCCUGAAGAAGUAUGACAAAAGGACCGGAGCCCUGAUCCGCCUGCCCUUCAUCCAGCGGGUCCUGCAGCAGCCGUUCUUCACCACCGACAUGAUCUACAAGCUGGUGAAGGAGUGCGAGAAGAUGAUCGACCAACUCUUCCCUGCAAGCGAGCCUCCUCCACCCUCGGCAGAGGCGGCUAGAUUGGACGACGACGGUGGCUUGGACCCCACGACCUCCGUCUCCACUGACACCGACACCGACGGCAUGCUCAGAGUGCCCAAGGAACUCGCCGAGAUUGAGCACAUGAAGAGCUUAUACAUGAAGAGCACGAUAUCGGCUCUGCGAGUCCUCAAAGAGAUCCGGAGCGGCAGCUCGACGGUCAGCGUCUUCUCGUUGCCGCCGCUGCAGCUGAGCGGACCGGAAGAGGCGUGGAAGAAAGUCCCGCUCCUGGAACAAGAAGCUAAAUAGCUGUUCUCUUUGAUAGUUUCUUCUCCUUUUUUUCACCUUUUCACUCUUCUUAAUAGCUGCAUACAGUGUAAUGUGCUAUGAGAUUUCCUGGGGAACCAAAGUCUAUACAAGCUGCAUAACUUGUGUACCGGAGGAUUUGUGUCCCUAGCAGAGUUCUUACUGUACUAAAAAGAUCUGCUUAAUAUCUUGAUGUGUGGUUCGAGCUGCA